AGUGAGAUAAAUUACUUAAAUAAAAUUAACAAAUUUAGUCAAUGCUUAGAGCAUUUAUUUUGUAACGGUCAUCUCAGGAUCGAAGAUCAACAGCAUUUACCAAAAAUGUUUUAUGUAUUUGGAUUAAUUUGCUUAACUAUAUUCUCAUAUGCAAAUGCUUCAUUUCCGUAUUAUGGUACAAAAAUUGGUUCACUAAAGCGAUUACAUCACGGAGUUUCCGGUGAUGUGUAUGCAGUUGAUUCACGUACAAUCUUUGUGAAAAAAUUCAAUUAUGAUGGCGACGCACCAGCGGCCUAUUUUUACGUGGGCAGCAGUAAUAAACCCAGUAAUGAAGGCGGUUAUCGUCUACGUGACGAACGCGGUGGUACGGCAUCGUUAACUCGUCGUUAUCGCAAUAAAGAUAUUACUUUAACGCUACCUGAGGGUAAAACCUUAAAAGAUAUUAAAUGGUUUUCGGUGUGGUGCGAUGAGUUUGCCGUGAAUUUUGGUGACGUUUCAAUACCAAGCAAUUUAGAUUUUCCACGACCGCAAAAAAUUAAUGGUCUAAACGGCGUUCACGGUGUCAAAUCAGAUAAUAUAGUCAUCGUCGAUGCUCAAACAUUGCUGGUACCCAAUUUCAGUUAUGACGGCGAAGCACCAGAUGCGAAAUUUUGGGUAGGACAAGGUGAACGACCUACACCCAACGGUUUGCGUAUACCGGACGAGAAUGGCAAAGAGAAUCCUCUACGACGUUACGAUCGCAAAACAAUCGUUUUAACUUUACCCGAUGAUUUAACAAUAUUCGAUAUCGGUCAUUUCGGAGUAUGGUGCGAAGCAUUCACCGUUGAUUUUGGUCAUGUUUUAAUAUCCAAAAACUUGAAUGUUCCGCCUUCGUUGAAAAUGUUGGGUAUAAGUCCUCAGUCCAAACUAAAUUGUGAAGUUUUAUAUGAUGAUUUAGCUUUCGAAGUGCGUUGGGCAGUAGCCGGUGAAAGCAUUGUUGUGCAAUUAGUUGCCAAAUUAGAUAACAACGAAUACAUGUCGUUUGGUAUAUCACCCGAUAAGGAUCGAAGCGUUAUGAUUGGUUCUGAUGUCGUAGUAGCCUGGGUGGAUCAAGAAUCGGGUAAAGGUUACGCUCAAGACUAUUAUUUGGAAGAUAAAUCGCAAUGUUCGGGUAAAAGAGGCAGUUGCCCGGACAUCAAUAUCUUAGAAAAUUCAAAUUCUAUACGCUUGCUAAAUGCUGCCAUGGUUAACGGUUAUUCAAUUGUCACUUAUCAAAGAUCAUUAAAUGCCACCGAUAAAUUGGAUUUACCAAUUUCGAUAACUAGGCCUGAAGCUGUUGUUUGGGCUAUAGGACCUUUGAACGAACGCAAGGAGACGUCCUUUCAUACACAUUACACGAAACGAACUCAUUACGUUGAUUUUGGAAGGCAACCGACUUGGAAUUGUCCAAUGCCGGAAGGUUCAAAAUCUACAGAUCACGAAGUUGAUGAGAGCAUAGAAAAGGAUGACGAUUCCCAAGAUCAAGUUUACCAAGCGGGUACUAAGCCGCCGACAGAAGACCCCAAGCCAGAAGAAGAGUACUAUGAGGGUCACGCCGAAGCUUUACAGGGCAAUAAACGUCGUCAAGAUUAUGAUAGUAAUCAGAAAUUGUCACAACAACGCCCAGUCCCAACACCAAAACCAGUAGCAAACGAAAUUGGUGCCUGGGAUAUACCAGCAAUACAGUGUUUCGAGCCGGAAGAUGGUGUAUUCUAUGCUCAAAUGGGUCCUACCGGCGGUAAACAUGGUUAUUCUGCUAUUACAGGUCAUGUUGGAUGGGGUAUAUCGUGGUACAUUAAUGGUCUGUUAAUACCGGAAAUUCAUGUAGUUCGUGGCAAAACGUAUACGUUCGUUGUAGAAGGCGGUAAUAAUCCUGAUAUACCCGCCAAAUAUCAUCCAUUUUAUAUAACCGAUGAUCCAGUCGGUGGCUAUGAGCAUAAACGUGAAGAAGAGAAAAAGGAUAUACGCAUCUUUGCCGGUGUUCAUCGUUCUCGCUCUGGCCAGAUUACGCCCACCGGUGUAGGCCGCCUUUGUAAUUGGACGCCGGAUGUCGACGGUCCUCCAGCCGACGAUUAUCAAUCGUUUGGCGCUUAUCAGCGCACUCUGACACUAAAAUGCGAUCCGGGUGAACCGGGAGUCAUUACUUGGAAGCCAGAUCGUAAUACCCCUGACACAGUUUACUAUCAUUGUUUUACACAUCGCUAUCUGGGUUGGAAGAUACAUGUGCACGAUUCGUGUGAUGAUUCUCGAUACACAGGCUCUGAAAACCACGCCGUUCGUGUACCAAUUCCUGAGGAUAAUUCAGCCGAACCAUCGAUACGUCAUGAAACCAAGGUCAGCCCCAACGAUAAUUUUUUAUUGAAGCACCAAACAGAUUUGAUUAAGAAUCAUAAUAUGAAUGGAACACCGCCAAAAUUGUCUUUUGAAAUAACCAAAUCAUCGGAAAUUACUAAACUGAUUUCAGAUGGAAUCCGCGCUGCCGAGGCCCUCGAGGAAAGCAUACUAAGGCAAAAUCAAUUAGUGGUCAACCAACAUUCAGGUGCCGACUUCCAUCAUGCGCUCAAGUCGCCCUCUUCCGUUAGUGGAACUAGUGCCUCCAUGCCCUCCUCCUCCAUCUCCUCUGCGUCAUCGUCUAUUUCAAAUGCACAAGCGCCGCCACAACUUAACAGCAUAUCAACACCAGGUCCGGAAUUAUUACAUGGCGAGACUAAAUUGAACAAAUUUACCAACACAUUCAAUUCUGCACAAAAUACACCACAUUCACCAUCACAUACAUUAAACAAAGCACCACCACCAUCACCACCGUUAGGGACGUAUCUCAAUUCAAAUUUAAAUUACCCACAUAAUAUACAAUCACAUCAUCACCAUCAUCACCACCAUAUUGCCAAUAAUCUAACCGCUAAUCUUCCCCUACCAAAUUCACAGAAAACUAUAAGUUUGUCGGAAUUUUUAAGGCCUCCGUUUAGCGCUCCACUCUUUCAUCCAGUUAAGUUGCCAGGACGCCGUCCAUUCCCCGGCCCGGUGAAAAAAGUACCAGCCUCUAAACCGAUUCUGCCGCAACAAUUGCCAAGACAUCCAACGUCAGCUUCGAUAUUACCUGCCGGACCCAUGCCUCAACCUUCAGUCAUAGUUAAUCAUUAUCGUAAGCCGGUUCCAAGCAUAUUAAGGCCAUUCAUAAAAGAUAAGCCUUUCCCCAUACAGCCUUUGGCGGCCUCAGUCUUACUUCUAGGGCAACCCACCGAAUUAUCAAAUCAACGGAAAACUGAUCCACAUCUACACCUCAAACCGAAGCCUAUAAUACCAGUGCCUUAUGCUGAUUUAAUUCCUCAGAGUAGUCUAACAAAAUCCGUAUUCAAUGGAAACUCAGUCGAAAAACUGAAAAAACCAAUUUAUCCUGUUAAGUUAUCCCACCCAUUAAUAAAUGAAAAAAUUAAGCCUCCAAACGUAGCAGCUUUAACCUCUACUACCACAGAAACACCAGGACCUAUAAUGCCCAUUGGCGUAUUUAAAAAACCAUUCGAUAUUCAUGAAGUAAAAAAUGAACCCAGUUUAGCAGAAAUAGCUACAAUGAAACCAGCCGUUAACGAAGGCUUUAAACCGGACACUGUAGUUGUAGAAAGCGGCUUCAGACCAAUCUUAAGAGACGACGGUCCUCUGCCUCCACCAGAAGUCAUCGAACAGAUAGCCAGUAGACGUGAAGAUCCGGGCUCGGAAAUCGAUGAAGCCAUGGAAACCGAUACAUUGUUCCUAACUGCACAAAAAGAAUCUCAAACUCAGAAUUUUGAGCCAAUGUUUAUACCUUCUCCUCCCGACAGCACCAAUACUACAAUAAUUAUACGAAAAGCCUCAGGUGCUGUUAUAAACUCACCACAAUCACAAUCACAAUCGCAACAUCCACAAUACCAAAUGAUUAGCUCUAUACUAAAAUCUACCAAGCCAGAGGCGACCACAUUACGAAACGCCACGUUAGAGGACAUACUCAAUGAAUCUGAAGAAAACGACGAAGUAAAUGAGAAUUCAAAAUUCGAUUCAACACGAGAUGAAAUCAAAUCCAUUUUACAGAAAACAGAAAGUAAAACCGAUAGAGAAAAUUCUAUAUUAAUAGAAGAUUACAAUAGCAAUGAGGAUUUGCAGCCUUUAGCCUUGGAAUCGAAGGAUGAGAUAUAUGAAAAAGUAAAAAUCACUACAAUUAAAACACCUAGCACGACUGCAGCCCAACAAACGUCGCCUGAAAAGCCUUUACUAUUAUUGGAAAAAUUAAAAAAUUAUUAUGGCGACGAUUUUGAUAAUACUAAACCCGAAAAUGAUAAAACGGAAAUAGAUGAAGAACUUUAUGAAGAUCAACGUGACAGUGAUGAUCUUUACGAAAUGGAAGUGAAUGAUGAUGAUGAAGACACAGAAACUCAAGCUUCCGAGCGAGCUGAUGCUUAUUAUUUACCACCUGAUAAUCGUAAGCCACCGUCAUCUAAAAAUCCAAGUGGUACAGUAGUCACUUUUGAUGGCAAAUCAUUAAUUGAUAGUUCUUUAGUUUUACCACCUAAAUUGGAAGCUAACGAUUUAUCUCAUCCACGAUUGCAUUCAUACUCAAGUCUCUCCAAAGUGGAGCAAUUAAUUAGGAGUACACCACAAUUUGGGCCAUUUCGAGGUGAAAUCCCACCACUAGAACCUGAUUCCGUACCAGUAGUUUUCAGUUCAUCUUCAACGGCAUCGGCGACGUCAUCAUCGCAUCGCCCUAAAUCUACGAAGUUACAACCUUUACAUAAUGGCAGCACGUAGAGCUUUGAACAUGUAUUCAUGCAUAUAGUUACAUGGCGGCAUAAGCUGUAUUUUAGAUUUUUUUUUUUUUUUUUUUUUGUUUUUUUAAUUCGAAUUAUUUCAGGCACUUGAGUGCGCGUUACUUUGAAUUUUUAACUGUUGACUAUACUUGCUCUAAUAAUGGGAUUUAUUUUGCCAUCUCGUAGAAGCUUUUCUGCUAUAACUUUACAUCUAUUAGUUAACAAAUCGUAAUGCAUUCUUAAUGCAUAUA